ACUGCUACAACACGUUUCACCGUACUAUAUAUAUAUUUAGAAAAUGUUUUCUGGCAUUAUGUUUUGGGCAAUGUGGCUGUCUUUAAAGCAUAUUUUACAUAUAAGUGGUGAGAGCCUAUGCAAAAAAAAACUUGUAAACAAAAUUAACAAAACUACUGAGCUGCGGACUGAUGUUCUGCUGCCAUGUUACUUUGAACCGGUCCUCCUCGGAUCAGACAUGACUGCAGAUAUAGGAGCAGUGUGGACUCAGGAGAAUAAAGCAAUACCUAAUCUACUGGAGAUCACUCUGCAGGGUGACGUCAGGUCCUGGAAUAGCAAAAACGGACGUAUUAAAACAUUCUCCAAACUCUCAGAAUCUGGAAAUUUCUCCAUCCUUCUCCAUAAAGUGAACCAGUCUGAUCUGGGUCUCUACUGCUGUGUGCUGUUUAAUGGGACAAACUGCAGCAUUGCUUACCAGGAGAUUGUCUUACAUACAGUGAAAGGGUCUCAUACCCAGAAUGCUUUGGUGCAGAACUGGCCCUUCAUAGCUGGGGGAGGAGCAGUCGCUCUUCUUGUUCUUGUGGUUUCACUGUGUUGCUUGCACCGGACAAGAACCAGGAAGGAGAAGAAUAUAGAAUUCAAUGAAAGGAAAGGCAACAGUUGGUUUGUUGCUGAAUCUGAACGUGGGGUUUAUGCCAACGAGCCUGAAAAUCAUAGUUCCGUCUGUGCCUGCUGUGGGACCAGAUCUGAUGUGGGAUCUGAGGAGAUAUACGCCAACCUACAAUACUGAUGUGUGUGUAAAUGUGAAUGUAUUUGCAGUUUAAUAUAAACUGUUGGACUUUCCAACUCUCUAUAUACUUCUUGUAUUUAUGCUUCCGAGAGUUACAAGUUGAUUUGUUAUAAUGCUUACAUGUCACCUCUCUGAACAAAUGCUGUCACUCAAAAUCUUUGAACUUACUUAAUUUAAUCAUAUACAUGGGAUCAUUUUAUUGCAGUUAUUGUACUUAUUCUACAACUACUCACAAAGGAUGUUACCAGAUGAUGAUGUUAACUGCUUAAAAAUAGAAAUGUCUCAUUUUUGUCACCAGUACAUUAGCAGACACUCAUGCUGUCUGCUGACUUCUAACUCCUAGUAAUGUUACAGACACAUAUUCAUGAGUUUGUUUCCAAAAUGUCAGAUGUUGGAUAACUGUCUCUAGUCUCCACUGGAUAAUUUUCAUUCUAUAUAAAUGGAGCUCAAUAUAACUCUGAUGAUAUAUAACAGCUGGUGAUAUACAUAUAACAGCCACAAUAUUAGAAAAGAAUUCAAAUUUGUAGAUUUGUUGGGUAUUUGGGGUUUUUUGUGGUUUUGUUUUGUUUGCAUAUGUGGCUUUGUGCAUAAGAAAAUGUCAGCUAAUUUCAAAUAAUAUAGCUGUGUGUGUGUGUGUGUGUGUGUGUGUGUGUGUGUGUGUGUGUGUGUGCGUGACUGUGUGUGUGUG